AUGAGUGGUCCAAACGGAAUGCUAUAUGGCGGGGAUGAGAUAGGAGCUUUAGUUUUCGAUCCAGGGCAUCACUCUCUUAGAGUUGGUUAUGCUCAAGAAGAUACUCCGAAAGCCGAUAUACCUGCAGUUAUUGGCGUCGGUCCGGCAACGCACAUCCCUGAUGCUGAAGAGAAGGUCCCCGAUGGAAAUGUCACACAGAGCGCUACAAAGAAAGACGAGCUCCGAUAUUACAUAGAUGUGACAGAACUACAUGUGCCCCGACCGAACAUGGAAGUACAGACUUAUAUGAAGGACGGACAGAUUGACAACUGGGAUCUGUUUGAGAAAAUGUUGGAUUAUUGUUACUCAAAGGUAAUAAGAUCCCCAUCGGAGCAUCACCCGGCUCUCUUCACCGAGGCUGUAUGGACCACAAGACCCGCUAGGGAGAAGCUCGCUGAAUUAUUGUUUGAAAAAUAUCAAGCGCCUGCCUUCUUUCUGGUCAAGAAUGCUGUUCUGGCGGCUUUCGCGAACGGAAAGUCAACGGCAUUGGUGGUAGAUGCUGGUGCGAGCCAAACAUCAGCUAUACCUGUUAUUGAUGGAUACGCCCUAACAAGCGCAGCAGCUCGUUCACCACUCGGCGGAGAUCACUUAGCAUCCCAAGCUAAGCUGUUACUAGCUAACAUGCAUAUUCACAUGUUGCCUCUAUACAGCAUACAGAGCAAAGAGGUCAUAAGAGAGAGGGAGAGAGCUAGAUAUACCCCUCGCAUUCUACCAGCAGGUCUUACUUCAAGCUGGCAGCAAUAUAUGCUGAAAAGGCAGUAUGAAGAUUUUGUACAUACAGUUGCCCAAGUUUCGGAGAUGGUGUAUGACGAACGAACAGCUGCAUCAGUUCCGGGCGUUCAUUAUGAAUUUCCAGGUGGUUAUCACCAAGAUUUCGGUCCUGAGAGGUUUAAAUUGACGGAGUGUCUAUUUGAACAGACUUUGGGAGCGCCGCAUCUAGUAUGUGCAGCCGCUUCAGCCUGUGAUGCGGAUGCCCGCUCAGCAUUAUGGGGCGCAGUGGUUGCGUGCGGUGGCGUAGCUUGUACUGCGGGUUGGAUGGAGAGGCUCGGCAAGGAACUGGCAGCGCGCGCACCCUCCGCGCACAGACUCAAGACCAGCGCCCCGCCAGCGCACAGCGAGAGACGGUUCGCUGCGUGGAUAGGUGGUUCGAUCCUAGCGUCUAUCGGUUCAUUCCAGCAAAUGUGGAUUUCGUCCCAGGAGUACGACGAAGGCGGGAAGGGCCAGCUCGAAAGAAAAUGCCCUUGA